GUUGAUGUAUUUUGACGCACCAAUCAGAGCGUCGCGUUGAGCUGUUGCGCAGUCUGCAGCGUGCUGUACGCGUGGAGGAUGCGCGCUUGUUUGGGAUGCUCGGAUAGUUCAGGACCGCAACAGAUCACAACGAAAAGUAAUGGCGCGACUCUCCUGGGGACUGGCAAACCUCCUCUGCUGCCUCUCCGUCAUGUCCGUUCCAGUCUGAGCUCUCCAAUAGACAAUAAGUGAGAUGGUAAUGAAGCACUGCAGCUCUGUGCUGAAGUCUUGCCAUCACUUUGGCUCUCACAUGCAGCACACAGUCUGAAUCUGCCCUCCUGAGGUUAUCUGAGUCCACCUACCUCAAAACACCACCCCAUGAGGCACUAAGGAGAGCCAUUGUGUUUGCCAUAUCUGGUCAUGGCUCCUCCUCUCCUCCUCCACCUCCUGCUUCUACUGGUCUCUCCACAGGUCUGUGCGGGCGGCAGUGCUCAUGGGGACAGCAACAGUAGUGCUGAUGGAACCAAGAAACCCUGCUUUGAGAAAGUCAAGUGUCAGCCAGGGGUUCUGCUUCCUGUGUGGCUGCCGCAUGACCCCCCACUGGCAAUGCAGGCCGUACGAGCCACGAUCUACUUCGCAUUUCUUCUCUACAUGUUUCUGGGCGUGUCCAUCAUCGCAGACCGCUUCAUGGCUGCCAUCGAGGUCAUCACUUCACAGGAGAAAGAGGUGACUGUGACAGGUGCAAAUGGAGAGAAGACUGUAAUGACUGUAAGAAUCUGGAAUGAAACUGUCUCCAACCUCACUCUGAUGGCUUUGGGUUCCUCAGCCCCUGAGAUCCUCCUGUCUGUAAUAGAGGUAUGUGGACAUGGCUUUGAGUCUGGAGAACUGGGUCCUGGCACUAUAGUGGGCAGUGCUGCGUUUAACAUGUUUGUGAUUAUUGGAGUGUGUGUGUGGGUGAUUCCUGACGGAGAGGUGAGGAAGAUUAAACACCUCAGAGUCUUCUUCAUCACUGCAUCCUGGAGCAUCUUCGCCUAUAUUUGGCUCUACCUCAUCCUGGCAGUCAUAAGCCCUGGCGUUGUACAGGUCUGGGAGGCUCUGGUCACUCUAUUCUUCUUCCCUGUCUGUGUCCUAAUGGCAUGGAUUGCUGACCGGCGCCUGCUCUUUUACAAGUACUUGAACAAGCGCUACCGUACAGAUAAACGGCAUGGUAUCAUUGUGGAGAUGGAAGGGGAGCUGGCACCCAGAGGCAUUGAUGCGAUUAUGGGAGAAAAAUAUCAAAACAACACCACCAGUGUUGAUAUGGAGAAAAAUAAAGAACCUGAACAGGACAGAGAGGAGGUGAUCCGCAUACUUAAAGACCUGAGAGAGAAGCAUCCUGACAAAGACCUGGAUCAGCUGAUUGAGAUGGCCAACUAUGCCAGCAUGCAGAAACAACGCAAGAGCCGGGCCUUUUACCGGGUACAGGUUACACGCAUGAUGAUCGGUGCCGGGAACAUCCUGAAGAAACAUGCCGCAGCUGAACAAGCGAAGAGAUUGGCUGGAGAUACGGCUGGGAAUGACCUGGCCACCUGUUCUCAUAUCAGCUUUGAGCAGGCGCAGUACCAGUGCACUGAGAACUGUGGCAGCGUGAGUCUGUGGGUCUGUUUACGGGGAGGAACCGGCACCAGAACCUUCCACGUUGAUUACAAGACUGAGAAUGGCUCCGCCAACUCUGGGGCCGAUUUUGAAAAUUGUGAAGGAACAAUCAUAUUUCAGCCUGGAGAGACACGCAAAGAAAUAAAGGUGGGCAUUAUUGACGAUGAUGUGUUUGAGGAAGAUGAACACUUCUUUGUUCGUCUCUCGAAUCUGCGAGAGGGAGAGGGUGGGACCAACAGUGACGGUGCCCGGCUGGUUGAACCUUCAGUUACUACGGUAACCAUUCUGGACGAUGACCAUGCUGGAGUUUUUGCCUUUGGUCAGCGGGAGCUCUGUGUGGGUGAAUGUUCAGGUGUGGUGGAGGUGCCGGUGAACCGGACGUCAGGUGUGCGCGGGACUGUAAUGAUUCCCUAUCACACAGAGGACGGCUCUGCACGACAGGGGGUUGAUUAUGAGCAAAUACAAGGAGAGUUGGAGUUCACCAAUGAGCAGACAAGUAAGACACUUCAGGUGCGCAUCAUUAACAUGCAGGAAUAUGAGAAGCGAGAGAAUUUCUACAUUGUCCUUGACGAGCCCAAAUGGCUCAAGAGAGGCAUCUCAGAUCUGCUGUUGAACCAGGCCACCCCUGGUCCAGAAGUGGAGGAGGCCAGACGUAUAGCAGAAAAGGGGAAGCCUGCUCUAGGAGAACACAGCAAGCUAGAAGUCAUUAUUGAGGAGAGUAUGGCCUUCAAGGUCCGACAGGGAAUGACCCCUAAUGGAGUCUUAGAUGCGGUAGUAAUCCACUUGCCUCAGUGUGAAAAUACUGUAGACCGUCUACUAAAGGAUACUAACCUUGCCGAAGUACUUGGCACACACUCCUGGAGAGAACAGUUCAUCGAGGCAGUAACAGUCAGCGCAGGGGAAGCUGAUGAAGAAGGAGGUGAACCUCAGCCGCCGUCAUGCUGUGAUUAUUUCAUGCAUGCAGUUACUGUGUUCUGGAAAAUUCUGUUUGCCUUCGUUCCACCCACUGAGUACUGGAACGGCUGGGCCUGCUUCAUUGUGUCCAUUCUGGUCAUCGGGCUGCUAACUGCUGUCAUUGGAGAUUUGGCAUCUCAUUUUGGCUGCACUGUAGGCCUCCGGGACACUGUCACCGCUGUAGUGUUUGUUGCUUUGGGAACCUCCAUACCAGACACAUUCGCAAGUAAAGUCGCUGCUAAACAGGAUCAAUAUGCUGAUGCUUCAGUAGGAAAUGUGACGGGUAGCAAUGCGGUGAAUGUUUUUCUCGGGAUUGGUGUGGCCUGGUCAGUUUCGGCUGUUUACUGGGAAGUCAAAGGUCAGGUGUUUCAUGUAGACCCCGGUUCGCUUGCAUUCUCGGUCACACUCUUCACCAUCUUUGCCUUCAUUAAUAUUGGCGUGCUGAUGCUUCGGCGGCGGCCAUCGGUGGGUGGAGAGCUGGGUGGACCUAAAGUGAUGAAGGUCCUGACUUCAUUGUUGUUCGUCGGUUUGUGGCUCCUCUAUAUCACGUUCUCCAGCUUGGAGGCCUACUGUCAUAUUACUGGAUUCUGAGGACCAAAGAGACACACACACAGACUCACACUUACACUAAUAGCAUUCAGAUGAAAUUAGUUUUGUGAGAACUGAGCUGUGCGAUGUAGAAUGUACAUAGGGUAGAUACUUUCUGUGUAAACAAAAGUACCUAAAAUGUGUGAGAGUGAGUAAGACUGACUGAACUGCUGUCGGGGAUGUCUAAUACUGGUGUUUGGCUUUGAUUUCAGAGCACAUUAGAGGCAGUGUGAUUUUUGACACCAUCAGACUGUCAGUGACAUGAAUGAAAUACUGCAAGAUGUAGCACUUUUUUUUGACAGAGCUGUGGUGUCAUUUUAUAUACUGACUGAUGACCAGUAAUUGAUGUGUCUGAAUGCUAGGCCUCCCUCUGAGAGAGAAGGCACGUAUUACUCUCCAUAUAAAGGACUGGAUGAACUCUGUUAUGAGUGAAACUGAACUUUUUUGGAUGUCAGGUAUUGUGGGAUUUACCUUGAAAAGUUUAUGAAAGAAAAAUGGGAUAAUCAUUAUGGUAAUUCACAUUCAUUCAUUUUCUCAAUUAAAGGGUCUGUGUCAUGUCACUUCAUGAAUUCACUCAAAUGUAUAA